GGCGGGCAGGGUUUGCGAGGCGUGUGCUAAAGGCGGGUCCGCGGCGCGCGCCUGACAACAUAAACAGUACGUGAAGUAGAGGAGAAGGAACGAGUUGAAGUCUAUUAACGUUACGUUGGCCUGGAAAGAUUUCCAGCCAUGGUGAAAGGAGACGUGAAUAAGCCCAAGGGCAAGACGUCUGCGUACGCUUACUUCGUGCAGACUUGCAGGGACGAACAUAAGCGAAAAACUCCUGAUGUUCCCGUCAACUUCGCCGCGUUCUCCAAGAAAUGCUCCGAACGGUGGAGGUCAUUAACGGCCCCUGACAAGAUCAGGUUUGAGGACAUGGCGAAGGCAGACAAGGUUCGUUACGACCGGGAGAUGACGACCUAUGUUCCCCCAAAAGGAAUGGGUAAAAGGGGCAAGAAGAAGAAGGACCCUAAUGCACCUAAACGUCCCCCCUCUGCAUUCUUCAUCUUCUGCUCAGACCACCGUGGUAAUAUCAAGGGCGAGAAUCCAAGUCUGACCAUUGGUGAGAUUGCCAAGAGACUGGGUGAGCUGUGGUCCAAGCAGAGUGCCAAGGACCGUAUUCCAUAUGACCAGAAGGCUGCCAAGCUGAAGGAGAAGUACGAGAAGGAAAUUGCAGCAUACCGUGCUAAGACAGGCAUGGGUGGUGGAGCCAAGAGGGGUCCUGGCCGACCACAACCAGCUGCUAUGGCUGGCAGACAGGCAGAGCCUCAGGAUGAUGAUGACGAGGACGAAGAUGACGAGGAAGACGACGAGGAUGAUGAUGAUGAUGAGGAUGACGAGUAGAGAGCUCUAGUGUGUGUCUGUGGACCUGCGCGCAUUUGCCCGUCAAUGAUUCUAUGCGCCCUGAAACAGACGACCUCAGGCUAGGGAUGUUUGUGUGUGCGCGUGUGAGUGACAAAAAGCCCUGUACUGAGGUGUUGGUGUUGAGUGUUCGUGUGUGUGUAGCCAGUUUCAGCAAUAACACCGGCGGGAUGUGGAGGAAUCUCCCUCUCAAUACUUUCCCUUUUUUUUUCCUCCAGUUUUUAUUUUUUUACCUGGAAUUAUUUGUAACAAACAUGUAGUAUGCAAUUUUUUUUAUAAUAAAAAUGGUUUUAAUUACUUUAUAAA